AUGCUAGUCCUUCCAUCAAUCACCGUGAAGCCAGGACCGCAGUUUUCCGUUGACGUUCGGCAAUGGCCUAUUCCGCAGCACGUCAACCUCGCUGAUCCUACAUUCGCGGUAACUCGGGAUAUUGACAUGUUUCUAGGAGCUGCUCAUUUUUUCCGUGUUCUUCCGUGUAACGAUCUCCCGCUACUCCAGAACACCGAAUUUGGGUGGAUUGUGUCUGGAGAGUGUAUGCUAGAGGACCACAACCAUGAAAAUCCCUGUGGCUGUCAGUUCAGUAACCCAUGCACAAUCGACGAGCUGGUCAACCAUUUUUGGCAGUUGGAGGAUGUACAGCAUUCUGAAGGGUGGUCUUCUUCCGAGCGAUAUUGCGAUGAUCAUUUCGUAGAACAUACCGUGCGAAAUCCUGAUGGUCGCUAUGUAGUUAAGCUCUCAAAGCGCGAAGAACUGCUUUCAAGGAUUAAGGACAACUGGUACAAUGCCACACGGCGUUUCUACACCCUAGAACGGUCGCUCGCCCAGAAUCCUGAUAAGCACGCCAUGUACCAGAAGUUCAUCCACGAGUAUUUGGCACUCGGGCACAUGCGGGUGGUUGACCCAAACGAACGAUACACCAAACCUCGAUACUACCUUCCCCACCACGCAGUGAUCAAGAUGGACAGUACCACCACCAAGCUGCGAACCGUUUUUGAUGCGUCUUGUCCGUCGAAAUCUGGUCUAUCGCUCAACGAUGUUCUGCUUGCCGGUCCCACAAUCCAAUACACUAGAGUUCAUUCAUCGUAUCCGCCGAGGUAUUGA